GGAAGAAGUUCAGUGGGUGAUCUGCAAAAUCAGCCUGUGGCCAUCUUGCACAGGAGCUGAUGUUCACAAGAAGUGGCUAAUGUAGGUCCCCUACACCAAAGGAAGGUGCAGGCCACCAUGAGACCACUACUUUUUUGCCAGCAAGAUACUUCUCCUAGUGUCUUUUUAACUGCCUUCAGAUGGAUUGUAUGAGAGCAGGUGUGGAAAUGUGCUCCAGAGUAAAAUGAAUCAGGUGAAUGUGAUGGAGGCAUUCACCCCUUCCUGCUUUUCACCCCGUCAAAUGAGAUCUUGGAGAUCAACAAUAAAGCAAAUGCCAAAUGGAGCAGCUAAGAGAGUCAGCAGAAGGAAAGUGAGAUAAAAAGUCAGAAUAUAGCUGGGGUUGGGAGGAAGAAGGAAGAGUCCAUGGCUUUCCUGGUGUUUCCUGGAUUUAGCACCCUGCUGCUUCACAGAAGGAGGCCUCACCCUGGUUGGGUAUCGCUGGGCACCAGCAUUUAACAUUCCCAGGUGGAGUGCAAAUGACACAGGCAUGCAGCUGCAAUUUGCCUUUCUCACAGUGCUAGGACUCCUUGGAUUCAAGUUGCUAUACACAGGAUUGCCAAGAUACAUCCAGUACAUGUAAGGCAGCCUUCCUCAUCUGAAUCAGCAGCACCAGUUUAUGUCGCAAUCUCCUAUUUUUGAAGGGACUUGCUACAAAGGAAAUCCCACAAUCUUGUCACACAUACAAAGAUAAGUAACAUUCCUACUGGAUUCAUUAUCAAAGAGAUCAGUGCAGUUGUAUUCUCAUUUCUCCUUUCAAUGUAUUCCAAGCUCUUUUCCUUUUUCUUGUUUUCAGUCUGAAAGUGUUGUAUAUUUUUCAUGAGACCUUUCUGACCAAUUCCCACUAAAUCAGAAGGGUGAAGUGAAUAUAUCUGGCUAUGUUACAGCCUUCUCCUAGUGGGCCAUUUGCAAAAUGUUUGCAGCCUUUGAAAGGAGGACUCUGUACACAUACCCACAGAGAUGUAAGAUUGUCCAAGAGAAGCAGCCAAAGCACAAAGCAGAGGUUAGAGAGUUUGACACAGUUUGUUUUGCCUUUUCAGUCAUUCUUCGUGCCCUCUCGACACUUCUCUUCAUACCAAGUGCCUCUGCAGUAACGAACUCAACCAGUCAUGUCACAUAAACAUAAUCCAGAAUUUGGCCCAGAACUAAAUCACUGAAUUAUGGAGCUUUUUUAUUGGCAGCUGUACCCUUACUGUUUUUUAAAUCUUUGCUUAAGAGAUGGAGGCAGGCUCUCUCUCCCUGCAAAUUAUGGAGCUUCAUUGUCUUCUUGAGGUGUAAUUCAUAUGGAAUAAGGAUGAAACUGAGACCCUUUGGGUUCACCUCUGCAGGUAUUCCAGCUGCUGGGUUCCAGCUUUGUCUCUGUAAAGUGGGUAGGCUCUUACGCCAGGUAUCACUUAUGCAACGUCAUACUCACAUUGCAGAUAUAUGAAGGAUAUCUUUGGGCACUAAAAAUCCUAGUUUUAUGGCAUCUGCCUGUCCUGUGAGUUUUGAAGAAUUAUAAUCUUUGGUUUGUAUUGCUGUGAAUUGAUUUUGCUUUAUAAGGCACACUAAAGUCCAUGCGUCAUGCCUUCCAUUAGGCAUGGAUGACAUGGCUGGGAACACCAGGCCAUUUCAUACCUGAUGCAGACAAGGCUCUUUGCCUCAAAGUCCAAAGCUGCAUUAACAGGAUAGCUGAGGGAUAGAGGAUGUGGCUGCACAUAAGACGACCUCCAGAUCCUUGCUGGGUCUUACCAAAACUCAUGUCUGAUGCAGCUGUGGAGUGACAGACAGAACUAAAGAUGACACAGAUCUCUGUUUUAACCAGGUCUUCAAAUAAAAUCUUCAAAUAGCUCAACUUUUUUUCUUGCUCGCUCUUGUAAGCAGCAAAAGCAUCUUGGAUCUUUAAAAAAAUUCCAAUUCAGCCAUUAUUAGGUGAGGAUCUAUGUAGCAGAGUAUGAGGAAGUUCAGCCUUGGCUGAUGAAGAUGUUUACUUCCUGGCCUUAAAAAGUGUGAGAAGUUGUACGCUCCCUGAUGGUGUGCUGACAAAUAAAGUUAAUAGAAUUUUUAAUAUAAGAUGCAACUAGUGGAUCCAAAUCUACUACUGAUUUAAAAUAUGAAAUAGAUACUUACCUUAUAAAGCUAGAAAGUUUUUUUGUUGGUAGCCAUGGCAAUUUGCAGGUGUUAAAUUAGCCACAAUGGAACUGCUUAGUUCCCUGAUGCAACAGGAAUAUUUUGAAACUUACCAUGAAAAAAUUAUUAAAGCCUUGCAAUAUGGAGAGUAUAAAGUUUAAAAAAGAAUGGAGAGUGCAAAGUUACAUCUGUAUUUCUAUGAAAUUUCAUAAAAUGGGAUUUUACACUGCAUAAUACAACCUACUGCUUCAACUGAAAUAAGAAAUGUAGCUUGAUAUUUUCAUUAAAUACAAAGUAUUUGUAGAUACUGGUGGCAAUUAGGUGUUGCGGAUGCAGUCAUCAGUUUGAAACUGAGCAUAUAAAAUGGUAUUUUAAUAAAAAAUACAGUCACCUUGGUACCUGAAUCUACCCUUAUUGUAUUGCAUGGCAGACACUCUUUGCAUUAGACUGCAGUCACAGGUUAACAAGAAGGGAAAUUUCAAGGCACAGAAUUAGCUACAGGAAAGUUCUCCCAUUAUUGAAUGAAUGCAAUAAAGACACAGCAAAAUUUACAAGGAAAAAUUUAAUAAAAUAUUGACUAUAAAGGCUACAACAUUCUAUGUCUGCUCCAUAGCUUAUAUCCAAAACUGUGCAUGUUCAAAAGUCCAUGCAAAUCGGACUUAAUUUACUUUGCUUCUAUUUCCUUCUCAGGAAUAUAAAGUGAGCACAAUAAUUUUCCUUUAUUUUAUCUAUAAAUGGUUCCCUAUAUAGGAGCUUAUUAAAAAGAAGGCAGGCUUAGGCUGUCCAGGAUGUUAGAGUGAUUAUGUCUUGGCAGCUCAAGAAGAGGCUGAGUCCAAGGCCCUGACUGUUUGUUAGCAUCUUGCCAACACCAUGGAUUCCCGUGAUCAGAUUAAGAAAUGUAUGGACAGUGACAAGUGGACUCUUUCCCAGCUCUAUUUUUGUCAUUGCUGCCAGCCUGACAGCUUUUGGUACGAUAUUAAUCUUUGGCUGUGUAGAGAGCAAUUGAAAUUGCCAUGCUGAGCUCUGCCAGGGAUCCCCAAAUUCUCUGUUAAGUUUCCAUAUUAAAAAAGUUACUUUCACUGCAAAUAUUUCUGAUGUGAAACAAGAGAGGGGGAAAGAGUGUUGCUAGGAGGCUGUGCCUUCUGUCUUUUUUCCCAGGAAAAGCUCAUAAGGUAUAGGGGACACAAAUGGCUACUCUCCGAUGGUUUUUAAGAGCAUAAAGGUCCAAUCCACAGACAUAAGAAUUAAGCUAAUUUUAUGUCACAUCUCUUGGACCCACGAUAAAUUUAGCCAGAUGUUGUUCACUAUUGGUAGGGUAUUGAUUUUUCUAUUGCAUUGCAUGGCAGUUUAUGUAACUGGAAUGGAAACGGUUCUGAAGAACCAAGUUUGUCAAUUCCUAUCUGUGCACAGAAACACUCUUCAGUGUGCAGCUGUUGUGGAGUCUCAUCCUCAGGCAGGGAAUAUAUCAACACACCAUAACCUGUUGAUUCUGUCCUUGUGGACACUUCAAUCCCAAAUGUCUGCAGACAGCAAAUAUGUAUACACCUCUUGGGCAUCUGAGAGCAUACAUGUAAAGAGCUAAAAAUCCAUACCAAUUGCCCCAGACAGGUCUGGACAAUGUUCCUAUUGAAGGUUCAGCCUGGGCUGUAUCUUUUCCCAUGAUCACACUUUUCUGGAGAAAUGGCCCAUCAGGGGACCUGCACCUAGUUAAUACCAUCACAGGAAGAAACUUGCCAACUCGAGAUGGAUAAUGUGUUAGGGGUAGUGGUAGCACUUUGUCUUCCAUGGGCCCAGGUUUCAAUGCCUUCUUCAAAAAAAAAAACCUUGGAAGUCAAAGGAAAGUUCUGGCCUGAGAGAGGUGCUCUGUAUGAAGCGUUAUGCAGUUUUACUUCUGCAAUAGUUUAUAGAUGAAUGGGGGAACAAUGACAGGGGCAAAGUGUAUUACUUAUGUGUAGAAUGUUCCAACUGCUUCUGAACCUUAUCUGCCAUUUCCCUGCAUCCUUGUUAUCUUACAACCCAUGGUGGUCCACAGUGAGUUUGCCUGUAUCCUCAGCCACUAGAUAAAGUGACUUUUAGUUACUUUAAAACCUGUGGUGUUGGUGUGCCAGCAUUGUCAGUGACUCCAGGCGGUGAUUAAACACAGAAGUAUUUUUCCCUACAUUUAUGAAACAUAAAGAUAUUUGUUUUGAUUCCAUCACUGUCACCUCAUUAGGCACCAGGAAAGUUAGGUUAUACAUUGAAUCAGUUUUGCACUUGGUUUUGUUUACUUUUCAUAAAUUAACAUGGUAAUUCACUGUAAUAAAAUUCUUCGUUUACACAAAGAUAUCAAAAGGCAUCGUCCAUUAUUCUCCUUAAUGUUACAGCUUUAGAAUGUGCCGUGAAAAGCUCUGUUUAUAUUGCAGCUGGAUGGAGCACUUACCACAGAGCGUCACAUCCCAGAUAUGCUCUGCUGCUCUGCAGCAGAGAAAUGCCAAAUCAUGAAGAAAAAAAAAAGAUCCCACACAACUACCACCACCCCAAAAAAAUCACCAUUAAAAUUAUCUCACUGAAUUAAUUAUCCUAAACUCUGCCUAUUUCCAUUUGCAUUCCUGUUUCUUGGCCUAGCAGGUAGCGGCGAGGUGCGCUCCUACAGGCAUGAGAAGGCUGAGUCCUGUUACCUGCAGUGGUCACAAGGACUGUUCACAGUCAUUAGAGCAAGAACCAUUGUCAGUGAAGGCAGCACAGAAUUUGGACAGACUGUGCACUUUUAUCAUUGCAAACAGCUGAUCCUCUACCAUCAAGGGCAUGAAAUGCUCUUCAGUCCUUCUGUGCUUUAGCAGAUUUUGGAUUCGGGGUGCCCUUCCCUACUGAUCCAAAGUGUUUUUGUUCUCCACAGAGAAGAUGGUUUGUACUGCCUCUCAUUUCAGAUGCUGCUUGGUGUUUGCAAACAUGUUAUUUCUUUCUGCUACGUAGCUUUGCUUUGGGGUUUAAGGCUAUAGAAGAAAAUAUUGUUCACUUCUCACAUGUGGAAGUGAGUUACUGAGCAAAACAAAGCCUAGCUUAAGCUUCUGUUUCUUCUUUUCUCUCUCUUUCCUCUUUAAGGUCUGUUUAUGUUUGCAUGACCUGCAGGGGAACUGGAAGUGCACUAGAUGAUCUAGCAAAGCACAAAACUUCCACAAGUCUCCUUCCUUCAAAGACUUAAAUCCAUCCUGAAUGUGUGCAUCAACCAACAGGAUGUCUGUCUGCCUCCUAACUUCCCACUGCAGGCUCUGACAUAGGAGGGUGGUCUCAUGGUAACAGCAUGGGACAGGAAGACCUUUCUUCAUUGCCUGCCCUCACACAGAUUUUCUGCAGGACUUCAAACAAGUCACCAGAGCAGGUGCAACAGAAUGGACAGUGCAGAUUGUUGAUCAGAGGCCAGCAUGUACAAACCUGCAAGGGAAAGGCAAGUACAUUUAAUGAGCUCAGUUCACUCCUGGGUCACACCAGAGCAGAAGGACAAGACCUCCAUUGCUGGAAAGACCACCCAGAGAGGAGGAAGCUGUGCUUGCCCAGGAGGGAGCUGGUUAAUUUUGCUUUGUGAAUGAGAGCAGUAAUUGAUUGGGAAAGAUGGGUUGAAAUGGAAGAAGACGGUGCUCCUCCAGCCCUGUCUCUCCCACAUGAGCGUUUCUCUACCUUGUUGAGGAUACAGUCACACCAUCAGCUUGGCAUUUGGCACAACUGAGACACAGCACAGAACAGGAGGGAUCAUGUGGAGACUUAAGAGAUCAGGUGGUUGGAAGAAAGAGAAGAGCAAAGAAGAAGAGAGACACAGAUAGAUAAAAGCAGCUCAGAUUGCAGUAAGUGAACAGCCAUCAUGUCUCGAGCACGACAGCCCCCACUUGUAACUGGCAUCUCUCCCAAUGAAGGCAUCUCAUGGACAAAAGUGACAAUUAGAGGAGAAAAUUUGGGGACUGGACCUACAGACCUCAUAGGCUUAACAAUCUGUGGGCACAACUGUCUCCUCACUGCAGAAUGGAUGUCUGCCAGUAAAAUCGUGUGUCGAGUUGGACAGGCUAAAAAUGACAAGGGAGACAUUAUUGUUACUACAAAGUCUGGUGGCAAAGGAACUUCAACUGUUUCUUUCAAACUGCUUAAACCUGAAAAAAUAGGUAUCUUGGAUCAGUCUGCUGUCUGGGUGGAUGAAAUGAACUAUUAUGACAUGCGCACUGACAGGAACAAAGGGAUUCCCCCCUUGUCCCUACGUCCGGCUAAUCCGCUUGGUAUUGAGAUAGACAAGGGCAGAUUUCCUCAAAAAGAUUUAGAGUCACUCUUUCCUGGGAUGAGCGCUGAUUUCACAAGUGAAAACUUUUCUGCUGCCUGGUACCUGAUUGAGAAUCAUUCGACAACAAGUUUUGAUCAGCUCAAAACGGCUGUUGUGAAUUUGAAGAAACAAGCCAACAAGAAAAAUGAAGGGAGUCUAGCUUAUGUGAAAGGAGGUCUCAGCACAUUUUUUGAAGCACAAGAUGCUCUGUCAGCAAUCCAUCAAAAACUGGAAGCGGAUGGAACGGAAAAAGUAGAAGGAUCCAUGACGCAAAAACUGGAGAAUGUACUGAACAGAGCCAGUAACACAGCAGAUACCUUGUUUCAAGAAGUGCUGGGUCGCAAGGACAAAGCCGAUUCAACGAGAAAUGCGCUUAAUGUUCUUCAGCGCUUUAAAUUUCUUUUCAAUCUUCCCUUAAAUAUUGAAAGAAAUAUCCAGAAGGGCGAUUACGAUGUGGUUAUUAAUGACUACGAAAAAGCCAAGUCCCUCUUUGGAAAGACAGAGGUUCAAGUGUUCAAAAAAUAUUAUGCUGAAGUUGAAACCAGAAUUGAAGCUUUACGAGAACUUUUGUUGGAUAAGUUGCUUGAAACUCCGUCAACAUUGCAUGAUCAGAAACGUUAUAUAAGAUAUCUUUCUGAUCUUCAUGCGCCUGGGGACCCAGCUUGGCAGUGCAUUGGUGCUCAACAUCAGUGGAUUCUGCAGCUCAUGCACAACUGUAAGGAGAGCUAUGUUAAAGAACAAAAAGGCAAUGCAUUGCUCCACAGCCCCAUGCUAGACCUGGACAGUGAUGUGCGUCCAUCGCCGAUUGGUCAUCUCAGUCAAACUGCUUCACUGAAAAGGGGCAGCAGCUUUCAGUGUGGCCGUGAUGAUGCCUGGCGAUACAAAGCUCCUCAGCAAGUUGUAUUUGUUGAAAAGUUGACAAAACUUGUUGUAAGUCAGCUGCCCAACUUCUGGAAGCUCUGGGUUUCUUAUGUAAAUGGAAGUUUAUUCAGUGAGACUGCUGAAAAAUCUGGCCAAAUGGAAAGAUCGAAGAAAAAUGCUAGGCAAAGACAAAAUGAUUUCAAGAAGAUGAUUCAGGAAGUGAUGCACUCUCUGGUAAAACUUAUCCGUGGAGCCUUGCUUCCAUUCAGCCUCAGAGAAGGAGAAUUAAGACAGUAUGGUGGCUGGGAAAUGAAAUCUGAACUUUCUGGCCAGUGGCUAACACAUAUUAUCCAGACUGUAAGGCUUAGUUCUGAGUCUCUUACUGCACUCGAGAUACCCAAUGACAUGCUUCAGAUCAUCCAGGAUCUUAUUCUGGACCUUCGUGUACGUUGCAUUAUCGUGACCUUACAGCACACAGCUGAAGAUAUAAAGAGAUUAGCUGAAAAGGAGGACUGGGUUGUUGACAACGAAGGUUUGACAUCGUUGCCAUCCCAGUUUGAACAGUGCAUUAUUCAUUCCUUGCAAUCUCUUAAAACUGUGCUGGACUGCAAACCUGGAGAAGCCAGUGUUUUCCAACAGCAGAAAACACAGGAGGAUGUGUGCCAGCUAAGCAUUGGGAUCAUGCAGGGCUUUAUAGACUGUUUGGAACAACUGAGCACCAAACCUGAUGGUGACAUAGAUACAUCACAUCUUUCAGUUGAUGUUUCGUCUCCGGAUUUGUUUGGAAGCAUUCAUGAAGAGUCAAGUCUUUCUUCAGAGCAGAGACUUUUAAUUGCGCUUAGUAACUGCCGUUAUCUGGAACGUCAUACCUUCCUAAAUAUAGCUGAACACUUUGAGAAACAUGGCUUCCAAGGUGUUGAUAAAAUAACUCAAGUUAGUAUGGAAUCCUUGAAAGAGCUGGAUCAAAGACUAUUUGAAAUGUACAUUGAAUUCAAGGCAGAUCCAAUAGUUGGGUCAUUAGAACCUGGCAUUUAUGCAGGAUAUUUUGACUGGAAAGAUUGUCUCAUUCCAACAGGUGUCAGAAACUAUUUGAAAGAAGCACUAGUGAAUAUCAUUGCUGUGCAUGCAGAGGUGUUUACCAUUUCCAAAGACUUAGUUCCUCGGGUAAUGUCAAGGGUUGUAGAAGCAGUCUCUGAAGAACUGAGUCGACUGAUGCAGUGUGUUUCAUCCUUCAGCAAAAAUGGAGCUUUACAGGCAAAACUUGAAAUCUGUGCAUUGAGGGAUACCGUGGCCAUAUACCUAACACCUGAAAGCAAGUCAAGCUUUAAGCAAGCUUUGGAAGCCUUGCCUCAGCUCUCAAGUGGAACUGACAGAAAGUUACUAGAAGAGUUGCUAAACAAAUUCAAAAGCAGCAUGCACUUGCAACUGACCUGUUUUCAAGCUUCUUCAUCAGCCAUGAUGAAAACAUAGACAACAGCACAAUGCAGACAAAUGUGCUUAAACAUUGUCCAUUUUUUCUGGACUACUUCAAUUCCUUUGAACACCCUAAAGAAAACAAAAGGAAUUCCACUGGAAAAUAAAUUGAGAUACAACUUUUUCAGUAAUGGUAUGGGAUGUCCUGCUGAGUGAGACUUCUGUUCCUAUGUACUUCGAUAAAAUGGCCUUCUGUCUACUGUAUUUCGCUUUGUGGAGGGAAUUAAGUCAAUUUUGUUUACAUACACUUGUUCAUGAAGAAAUAUUCAUCGUUGUUCUUCAGUCUCAGUUUCACUUGUUAAUAAUACAUUGAAAUGUAUUUUUAGCAAAUGUCACCUUAAAUUUGAGUAUUACUCAUGUUGUUCAGUGUAUCAAUCUUAAUUUCUAGAUGUAGAGUAAUACUGAAGUGACUGGAAGAUUUAAAUUCUAUAAACUAUUGAGAAGUAUGUAAUGAGCAUUGCCCCCUAGAGCUGACUAAAAACUGUCCAGAUACCAUAUUAAGUACACUGCUUCUUUUGCAUUUAAAAAUGAUAACUUUUUUUUUCUGUUCUCAUCUACAGUUUCAGUGUUUAUAAGUCUGAUUUCUUGGGGGCUUUUAUUUUCUUGCUUAUUUCUAAUUAAACAUGUUGCUGCCUCUCUUGUUUCUCCCUUCUGUUGGAAUAUUGAUGGUAACCAUCACAUCUGAAAUAAGCUCUACUUUCAUUGGCAAUUAGCAGAAAAGCACUCCGAGUUUAUAAGAUUAGUAGAAAAAAUGUCCAAGUAAAAUAUUCUUUGGUGUUAAGGAGUAGAAUAGUUAAUAGCUUCUCACGUAGUAAGGAGAGCACAAUAUGUAAUUUGUUUUGCUUCUUCCUUCUUACUCUUCUUGUUUUUUCUUGCUCUUACAGGCUUACUACCACUGUCUUCCUCUUGUUAGUCAGUCCUCUUUUCCUCUGUUCACCACUAGUUAUUGGAUUUGUAUGGGGGGAAAUAGGGAUUCAGGAGAGAAGAACAGUUUGGCUGCCAUUGUUUUGGGGGGUAACAAGUCAGUUUAAUUUUAUAACCGAUAUCAUGGCUGGGAAUUAAAUAAUGCAGUAAUAAUAUAUUCUUCCUGUAAUUAAAGUCAUUUUGAAUAAAUCAUUUCAUGAAUAGUGCAUAGUUUUCAAGCAAUUUUUUAGUGUUAGCUCUUUUCUUUUGCCAGUUAAGUUAUGUGCUUUAAAAAUACAGUGUACAAUUCCUAUAAUACGUAAUUUUGGAGAAAGUUUGAUGCACAUGUAGUCACUUGUUAAAAAGUUCUGUGUAAGUAUUAGCAGCAUGUUGAAUGGAAGUGUGAGACUUCAAAUAUAUGUUAUUAUCAUUAAGCACCUGGAGCGAUGUUGUUUUAAUUGUUGUCCUUUCUAAGGUGGUCAUGGUCCCAGCUGCUGGUAUUAACUGAAAUAGUCAUCCAGUUCUGUAAAAGAUUUCACUUCAGAAUAAUAAAAUAUUAAGAAAUAUGGUCAUAA